UAGCAGGAGAGCAGGAUGGGUGUUGUAGGGCAGUCUAGGGCUGCAUCAGGAGCUGUGCUCUCCUGGGUGUUUCUUGGUCCCCUGGCUUUGGUUCUAGGGGCUCGUGUCAGUGUUUUUUCUGAUCCUACCCUGCUGACUUGUGGCCAAAAAAGCUUACAGCUCACCUUACCUCUAGGCUGGGAAGGGAAUGCUUCGUUUGUGCUGACUACUUGGGAUACUGAAGGGAAGGCACAUGCGCUGCAGAAUGACUCUGGCUGUGGGCUCCUGGUAUCUGGAACUCCAGAUGGCUCUAGGAAAGUAUCAGUCUCUUAUGAUGGCUGUUACAUCUUUGAGUGGGAUCACAAUUACCUUAUACUGGUUGGGCUUGAAGGAACAGAUGCUGCUGGGGAAAAAGUUCUUUAUGAAGAGACGCUGCUCAGGUGCCCUGUGGACCUUCCUGCCCUGGAUGCUCCAAGCAGUAGUGUCUGUUCAGCUGUUCCCAGCCAGGACCGGCUGCCAUGUGCCUCCCUGCCCAUCAGCCAGGGAGACUGUGAAGCACAAGGCUGUUGCUAUGACCCCAGAGACAGCGUGAAGCCUUGCUACUUUGGUAACACAGUGACAGCUCAUUGCACACCAGAUGGCCAGUUUUCCAUAGCUGUUUCUCGAGAUGCAACCCUGCCACCUGUUGCCCUGGACUCAGUGCAACUGGCCAGUGGACACAGUACUGGCUGUGUCCCUGUCCUGACAAACAAUGCCUUUGUUGUGUACCGGUUUCCACUCUCAGCCUGUGGCACUACUUUUCAGAUAACUGGAGACCAGGCCAUAUAUGAGAAUGAGUUGGUGGCAAGAAGGGAUGUGAAGACUGGGAGCCUUGGCUCUGUCACUAGGGAUAGCAUUUUCAGGUUACAUGUCCGAUGUAGUUAUUCCAUCAGUGGGAGCUCCAUUCCCUUGAGUGUUCAGGUCUUUACAUUGCCACCACUCCCUGCUGUGUCCCAGCCAGGUCCUCUGUCUUUGGAGCUGCGUGUUGCCUCAGAUGGAAGCUACACUUCCUACUAUACAGACAGUGACUAUCCUGUUCUGAAGACUCUGAGAGAGCCUGUUUAUGCAGAAGUCAAGAUCCUUCAGAGAACAGACCCUGACCUGAUUUUAGUUCUGCACCACUGCUGGGCCACACCAAGCUCCAACCCCCAGCAACAGCUGCAGUGGCCAAUUUUGGUAGAUGGGUGCCCUUAUGCAGGGGACAACUAUCAGACACAGCUGAUGCCUCUGAGUUUCACCUCAGGACUACUGUUCCCCUCUCAUUACCAGCGUUUCACCCUCUACACGUUCACCUUUGUGGACCCUACUUCCCAAGGGAAACUCUCUGGGCUGGUGUACCUGCACUGCAGUGCUUCGGUGUGCCACCGGUCUGUAAAGGAGUCCUGUGUCACCACUUGUCCUUCCAGCGUCAGGGGUAAAAGGAGUGCUGAGCAUCCCUUUCAGGAAGGCACUUCCCAUGUCUCUGGCAAAGGCCCUGUGAUUUUCCUCCAGGAUGAGCUAAGACAGGACACAGCCAAGGAUGGCCUCAGAGCGACGGUGCAGGCUGCAGCCCCCUGGGCUCUGGGAUUUGCUGCUGUGGCAACUGGGACAGCUCUGUUUGUGGUGCUUGUGGUUUCUGUGCUGUGGCAAAGGAAGGUGUCAGCAACACAUGAAAUCCACUGAUUGCAAUAAGGUGCCUGUCAAACCCAUUUGUUUGGUGGUACCCCUUCCCCUGGAGACUCUAGCUAUAAGACUUUAUUUAUGAGGCAGAAAUUACCCCAGUCUCCUUUACAGAAGUCUUUGAAAGCCUUCCAAAUGCUCUGAAUUCAUCUCACUCUGGACUUCUGCUCUGGGUUUGGUGUUAUCUGUCUGCCUUGGACAAGCUGGAGACCUUGUCAAGGCCUGGGCUGCAGACUGAGGCAGGUUUGAUGCUGGGUGGUGUUGGCAUUUCUGUUAAUGAAUAUAACCUAGGCUCCAUUCAAACACUGAGCAAAGUGCAGCAAAACUCACUAAAAGCAGAUCCUGCAGCUACUUCUCUGGGGAUGCAGAGCAGUUGUUUUGACUGUGCCAAGGAGCUGGGAAUUGCCAACUUGUCCCUAAGUCAUUGGGUAAGUUAGAGCUGUGUUCAUGUGGCAGGACUGGAAAGCAAAGAUGCCAAAGCACUACACAAAUGGGCCUUCCCAAUGAUGCUGUGCAUGAACCUGCCUUUCUUGCCCUAGAAAUAGAAAAGGAUAGGUGGCAUUUUUCUGGCGAAUGAGAACAUGGAAACAUCAUUCCAAGUGGGGAAAAAAAUAAAAGGGCCUUGAUGGUUUGAACUUCAGGAGAAAAAAAAAUAAAAUCAAACUCUAAAGCUUAAUUUUAAGCCUUCAUGUGACAGCAGGCUGUUAGGAGUAUUCAUAGGUCUUGGAUUAAAGCUAAUUUGACAUCA